GACCGGCUGCACCACACAAACUGCACUCCCAUCCCAGGACACUACCGCGCAAUGGAGACUGCUUUCGAGUUCCCGGGAGAAAAAUACCUCUUGGAGGAGCUCCCGGACUACGCCGGAGAACGCCAGAUGCUGGUGGCCAAACUCCUGAUGGCCUUUUUCGUUUGGAUCUUUCUGGUUCCGUCCUUUCUGGCCACCGAGGCGGCCCCGGAACYAAGUGAAAGCGGUGGCGGGGCAAAAACCGUGUCCACCACUACCACAACAACGACGACGACCGGGACGGGGGGAACGCUUCGAAGGAGAACCACAACUACCACCAGGAUCGUGAAAGCGGCGCAGAAAACGACAAAAACGACGACGACAAAGACCGAGAGGAAGAAACCAGCGGGCGGGGACGCCGGUGUGGACGCGAAAAGUGCUUCCCAUGGGCCGCGGGGAAACCCAAAGGGAACCACCCGUUCCAUAGAGGGCAAGACCAACGCGGCGUGUUUCGCCUGCUGCCUCUUGCACCUCUCCUAUAUCCUGGUGCGAUCCUCCCCCGACAACUACUACACCAGCCGAACCAUCUUCGAGACCCCCCUCUUUACCCGGAGCGAGUGCGACCACCUGGUGGAAAUGGCGGAGCGGGUCGCGGGGGAAAACUACGAGCGGGCCAAGGCGUACGCCUCCCGAACGAGCAGUGGCGAUGGCAACGCCAACGGCAACGGCAGUGGCCACCAGAAGGCAAUGGGCUACCUCGAGGAGCCCAGGGGCUGGCAGAAGCUCCGGCACGCGGUCCACCCCACGACGGACCUGAACCUUUCCGGGGACGGCUUUUCCGACGCCGACCGGGAGUGGCUCGGGACCAGGCUGGAUGCGAGGCUGGCGCCGACCCUGGAACGGAUCUUCGGGAUCCCUCCGGGUGCGGUUCGGGCCAACGACGUAAGUACCGGCGCAUCGAAGCGGAGCGGAGCAAGCAACCCGUCGGUCACAUCGCGUCGUGUCGCGUGGCGCCGCGUCGCAUUCUGAACCCUUUGCAUUCCCGUGCCCCUUGUCUUGCUGUUCUUGUUUCGUUCUUUCAGAUGUUUGUGGUUCGCUACGACGGCGAUCGCCAAGCCUCGCUGUCGAGGCACACCGACAGCGGGAGCAUCACCUUUUCGGUCCUGCUCUCGGACGGGUUCGAGGGCGGCGGGACGCGUUACUGGAACAGGUUGAAACCGAACCAAAACGGCGACGCCCUGGGGUCACCCUUUGCCUACCUCCUGCCGGAGGUGGGGGUGAUGCAGACCUUUCCCGCUAUGAUCCAGCACGAGGGGGUUCCGACGACCAGGGGGCGCAGGUACCUCUUGAUCGGCUUCUUGGCGGUCGACAAAAUUGAUCCGUGGACUCACACGCCCACGGGUCUUUCGUGGUUUUCCUCCUGGGGAAGCCUCAACUGGGCAUCGACCAAGUUCAAGGAGGGAAAGAAUUCGGCUUGGAGGGCACAAAACGACGGCAGCAACGGCAACAACAACAACGAUAGCCUCCUUCAUAGCACUCAGGCCGGCAUGUUGUUUGAACUGGCGCACAGCUUCUUUCUCUCGAUGUGCGACGUGGUCUUUCGGCACCGAUUUGCCGUUUUGGUAGACAGUUCCAGCGCGGAGGACUUUCUGCGGGACCUGGACGAUGCCCACGCAAAGAAAGCAGCAUCGUCGGAAAACCAGCCGAAGAGCUCGUGGUUCGAAGGGCAGCAAAUAGAUGUCAACUUCGAUGGCACCUUUUCCGGAAAUUGGAAUACAAAGGAAACCACAGACGCAGAGUUUUGAGAGAAGCAUCGUGCAAGGUUUUUUGUGCCGCCGGGUCGGGACGGCUCUGCGUACACGU